UCAUCCUCACCGUUGGACGGUCGCCGUCAUCUACCCUCCAUCUUUCCCACCCUUCUUCCCCCCAACAUCACUCUACCCUCCCGCCUCGCCACUCCCACCCCACACCGACACUUCCCUAUCCUCCGCCGCCAUGGACCGCGAACCCUCCGUCUCCGACGAGGACGACGACCUCGAGACCCUCGUCCCCCAGAACCACACAAAGCCUCCUUCCCCCUCGUCCCGCUCCCGGGCCUCCUUCAGCAUCUCCGGCUUCCGCCCCGCGCUUCCCUCCUCCGCCACAUCUCUCGGCCGCGUCCUCUGGUCCCGCCGAUACCUCCUCAUCUGCGUCUGCCUCCCCGUCCUCUUCAUCAUCCUCUUCUUCUCCCUCGGCGGCGCCUCGUCUCUCCCCGCCUCCAUCCGGCUACCCUCCGCCUCGCCCGCCGCCGACCUUGCCUCCUCCCGCAUGCGCGAGGCCGAGCUCCACGCGCUCUAUCUCCUCCGCUCCCAGCGUUCCGGCCUCCUCAGCCUCUUCAACCGCACUGCCGCCCCUGAGCCCACCAACAGCUCCACCGCCGCCCCUGUCUCGUUGUCUGAUCUCCAGGCUGCGCUCCUCAGCCAGAUCAAGAUCAACCGCGAGAUCCAGGAGGCGCUCCUCUCAACGCACCACUCUGGGGCCGGCAAUGCCACAGAAGAUGCUUUGGAUCUUGAUCUGCCAGGCCCCGGGUGCAGGAGGAGGGAAUUGCCGUACAACCGGCGGACGAUAGAGUGGAACCCCAAGAAGAAUCGGUACCUGUUCGCCAUCUGUCUCUCUGGGCAAAUGUCGAACCACUUGAUUUGCUUGGAGAAGCACAUGUUCUUCGCCGCACUUCUUGGCCGGAUCUUGGUGGUUCCCAGCCAGAAGGUAGAUUAUCAGUACGACCGGGUGCUUGAUAUCAACCACAUUAAUGAGUGUAUUGGAAGGAAGGUUGUGAUUACUUAUGAGGAAUUUGUGGAUAAAAGGAAGAAAGUGAGCAUCGAUCAAUUUAUAUGUUACGUGGGGUCGCCCCCUUGUUACAUGGAUGAGGAUCAUAUUAAGAAGUUGAAGAGUGUGGGGAUUUCAAUGGGCAAGAUUGAGGCUGCUUGGCCAGAGGAUGCAAAACUGAAGGAGCCAAAGAAGAGAUAUGCAGCAGAUAUCACGGCAAAGUUCACGACAGACGCUGAGGUGCUUGCAGUCGGUGAGUUGUUCUAUGCUGAUGCUGAGGAAGAGUGGAUGAUGCAGCCUGGUGGUCCAUUGGCUCACAAAUGCAGGACUUUGAUCCAACCAAGCAGGCUCAUAAUGCUUACCGCGCAGCGAUUUGUGCAGACUUUCUUGGGUGGAAACUACAUUGCUUUGCAUUUCCGUCGACAUGGCUUUCUUAAGUUCUGUAAUGUGAAGAAAGAGAGCUGCUUCUUUCCUAUCCCUCAGGCAGCAGGAUGCAUCCUGCGAAUCAUCGAGAAAGCUAAUGCCCCAGUAAUAUAUCUGUCGACUGAUGCUGCUGGGAGUGAGACGAAUCUUCUGCAGUCGUUGAUUGUAUUCAAUGACCGGCAAGUACCUCUUGUGAGAAGACCAGAGCAUGAAGGUUCGGAGAAGUGGGAUGCCUUGUUAUACAGAAAACACAUGGGUGGAGAUGAUCAGGUCGAGGCCAUGCUCGACAAGACAAUUUGCGCUUUGUCAAACGUUUUCAUAGGGUCAUCGGGCUCCACCUUCACAGAGGAUAUCUUCAGGCUACGGAGGGGCUGGGGAUCGAUGUCCUACUGCGACGAGUACCUCUGCCAGGGUGAGCCACCCAACUACAUAGCAGAGCUAGAGUGAGAAAAUAGUACCCAUGGUAGAGAGAUUCAUAGCGGCAUUCUUUUUCCCUUUACGUGCUGAUGAUAUACAUAUAUCCUGUAAAUUGGUGUGUACAACUAAGUGUAAAAGAGUUGUGAUAUCUGUAUCAGCGCCGUCCACUGAUUUGUCUGUGCGGCGUAUGUUAUUCUUACAUGGUUAGAGAAUACAAAGGGGGCUUGUGGGU